UGCUUGCUGGCACUUUUAUCGGCUGCUCUGUUUUGUUUGGCUGGAAGCCAGCGAUUGCCCAAGAAUCAGCCGAUGUUCUUUCCCAAGGAACAGGACAUUGUCUUUCCAGAUAACAAGCAAUACAAAACACCAUUCAAAAUCAGUGACUUUUACUAUAAUAGUAAGCUAAACACUAAGCUCGAGCUUCCGAUGCCGCCGCAGCGUGAACUCAAUCCGACUCGCUUCAGGCCGGGGCAACCGUUUCCACCUCCGCCAAAUGGGCGACGAUACAAGAAAAGGCGCACGGGGCAGAAUAGACGCCUCUGCGAGCGCAAGUACUCUGAGUAUGUUGAGCGAAUCUUUCCCAACGAUACCGCUGUUUCGGAAGACGCAAAUGACGAAGAUUUCGAUGGCCGAGUUCUUGCCCGGCCUGGUGAAUACCCCCAUAUGGCGGCUGUCGGCUUUGAGACUAACUCCGACAAAAUCGAUUACAAGUGUGGAGGCAGUUUGAUAAGCGACAAUUUCGUAUUGACGGCGGCCCAUUGCACCGAGGUGGACGGAGAUGCGCCGAAAUGGGUUCGCAUCGGUGGACUGAAUCUUAUGAUCGAUGAGGUUACGGUUGAGCCUCAGAACUUCGUCAUCGAGAUCAUCUUCAACCAUCCCGAUUACAGAGUUGAAUUAUAUUAUAAUGAUAUAGCACUGCUUAAGCUGUCUAAUAAUGUAAUACUAAGUGAGUUCGUUCGCCCCAUCCGGCUGUGGGUGGAUAAGGAGAUACCUACUUCAAUUGCAUUCGCCAUGGGCUAUGGCUCGACUAGCUUUAGCAAGGCCAUGACAUAUCGCCUGACCCAUCUAAAUGCGACCAUAGUACCCAACGAUGAGUGCACCCGGGAUCUGCCUGUAUUUGCUGAGACUCCCAAUGGCAUUAUAGACAGUCAGAUCUGCGCUCAGGAUUUCCUUCAGAAUCGGGACACUUGUCAGGGCGACUCAGGCGGUCCGCUACAGCUGAAUUUGCCUGGUCGCAGACGCAGCCUUAUUCAUUAUCAUCUUAUAGGAAUCACCUCCUUUGGCGUAUUCUGUCGCAGCAGCUACCCAAGUGUAUAUACACGUGUGUAUUCGUUCUUGGACUGGAUCGAAAAUAUUACAUGGGGUAUGCCGGAAAACUGAACGUCACUGAAUCAUAAAUUAUGUAUCACAGACUGCAGCUAACAAUAGCUGAGGAAUGCAAAUAUGU